AUGGGUAAUAGUUCAAAAAAAGAAAAACUUACUGAAAAAACGAUAUCUUCAAAUGAACCACCAGCAAGAGUAAAUGCGAAAGAAGAUGAUAAUAUAGAAACAAACAAUAAUCCAACUGGAUUUUGGUCUCCAGCAUUUAAUGAAUAUUGUUUUAGUGAUUCACCUGAUGAUGUUAAUAAUAAACUUCCAGUACCAUUUAGUACAGUUGAAUGGAUAACGUUAGCAAUAGCUUAUGAAUAUAAAUUAGAUGAAGUUCGAUACUUUUUUGUUCGUCUUGAUGCUUUUGAUGAAUUAACAAAGUUUUUUCCUCCACAUAUUUAUUCUCAUCAAGAUAAAGAUUUGUGUCAUAGAAUUUAUUCAAAACUAGUUGCAGAUGGAUUUAAUGUUUGGGUUGAUUUAGAAAAUAUGUAUGGAUCAACAAUUGAUAGAAUGGCAGAAGCUAUUGAAAAUUCUCAAUUUAUACUUAUUUGUAUGUCUCAACGAUAUGAAACAAGUCCGUAUUGUAAAACUGAAGGACAAUAUACUUAUAAAUUACAACGUCCAUUUAUACCUCUAGUUGUCGAAAAAAAUUAUAGACCAAAAAGUUGGUUAGGUGCAUUGGUAGGACUUCGAAUGUAUAUAGAUUUUACUAAAUAUGAUUUUGAUGUUGCUUACGAUAAACUUCGAACAGAAAUUCAAAGAAACAAAUCACAAAAAUAA